UCUCACUGGGGUACCUUGCCAUUAGAUACUGGUACAUUUUAUGAUACUAUAUUUAAUCACCCAAAAGACAACGUCGAUAAAGAAAUCAAAUCAUUUGUUCGAGAAUUUGAAUUAAAUAGAAAUAAUCGAGAAUAUGGAAACCUCGAAAAAUGUAUAGUUUUAACUCAAAAUGCACCUGAUAAAUUUUCGAGCGGAACUUUUCUCUUUGAUAAAAAAUUGAAUGAUGUCACGGAAAAAUUGAAUAACGUAAAGCCGAUUUUUACAUCAUUAUUGGAAGAAUUGGGGACAUUAAAACAGGGAACCCGUAUCCGGCAAGACCCAUACAAGCAGGAUCGCCAACAAUUCCUAGAUGAUCAAAAUCGUGCGAAAAAGGAGUUUGACCAAGAAUUUAAAGAACGCGAACAAAAAUUGAUAAAGGAAUAUAGGAUUAUGAUGGAAGAGGCUUUGAGAGGCCCUUCCGUUUUCGAUAAGUCUUCUAACAUAACUUCUGGGAGUAGUAGUAAACAUGAUGAUCGAUAG